AUGCCGCGUAUUCCAACAGUGGCGGGUGCCGUUUGCUGGGCCCGCGAAGACCCUGCCGUCACCAAGCCUGUUGGUGGGGAUGAUGGAUGCGAGGGGCUACGAGGUGUACGAGCAGCACCUCGCGCUCGGCUGGCGGUUCGCAUGCUGUGUGCACGACCUCCAAGCAGCGGCCCUUUGCGCGUUCUAUCAAAUUUCAUCAUCCAUUUUAAUGGGCGUCAUUCAACGGGAGACGCCCAGACCCGGCGCCGUUUCAUGGUGAGGCCAUGUGCACAAGCGGGCCUUUGCACCUUCAACUUAUGCCGAGGCACGGCACUAACACCUCUUGGCAAGGUGCUGACUGACUGCGCUCACGUAGUGAUUUUGUCACGUAACCGUUACAUCAGCGGGCGAUGGGGUCAUCACUUCCCUACGCCUUUUUAUUAUUAA